AUUAUGCUUCUCUCAAACACCCUCAUUUACUCCGGGCAACUCAAAUGUGGAACCAAAGAGGUCGCAGCGCGUUUAUUGGAGGUUCCCAAUAUUGGUGGUCUUAAACGUCUUCAUACUAAUCAUUCUCAACAGGACACAAGGCAACGGCAGCUGUGUUUGGGCACAGGUCAGGGUCGCUGCUGGCUCCGCGACCUGGUCGACCCAUCCGCCAAAACCCGCCUUGUCAACACAGAUACUCUAGCCAUACCGGCCUUAGAUGUAGCACACGGAUCGCGAAUUGUCAACCCCACCGAGGCGACCCUCUGCGCCCAGCUCGUAGAAGCCUUCAUCUCUUGUGGCAUACCUGCACGAAAUAUUGGAGUCAUCACAUUCUAUCGCAGCCAACUUUCGCUUCUAAAACAGAAUUUGCGUCGUCACCUACCAGCUCUCGAGAUGCACACCGCAGACAAAUUCCAAGGCCGAGACAAAGAAGUCGUGAUACUCAGCUGCGUACGGAGCAAUUCGGAAAACCAUGUCGGCGAUCUUCUCCGUGACUGGAGACGCGUUAACGUUGCGUUCACCCGAGCACGAACAAAGCUUCUUAUUGUUGGAAGCAAGAGCACCCUUCGUGACGGCAAUGAGCUACUACGCAAAUAUGUGCAGCUAGUAGAAGAGCGAGGCUGGGUCUACAACCUACCCAAGGGCGCUAUAGAUGACCACGUCUUGGGAACUGACAACAUUGUCCAUACACAACCCCAAUCACAAGAGAGGCCGACCCCCAGUCCGAAGAGAAAUUCUAUCUCUCAAAAAAAGGGCCGCAGCCCUCUAAGUCCGAUACAACCCCGACAAACCCCCCAGGGGCUCAAAAAGCCAGCGAAGAAGGGAGCCAAGCUAUUAAGUGGUAGCAAGGUCCUUGGAAAUAGACCCGUGCUUCAGGAUGUGGUGAACGACCUUAUUGGAUGAUUAUAGCCAUUUAUGACGUUAUUGGAUAUGUUUCCACUAUUUGUUAUUAUUGUUUUGCUGGAGUUCUUGUGUACUAUGUGGCGGGAUCAGGACCACGAUUUGGAGGGAUA